AUGCGGCUUACAAAGUGUGUCGUCAGGUUGGACAAUGUUCUGCUGGUCUUACAGGGCAUUCUAGCAUUGUCUGCUGCUCAAUCAGUUUCGACUCUGCCCGAUGGUUGUUACCUUACCUCGUCCAUCGUCUAUGGGAACACGACCACAUCAAGCACUGUCACUACCAGUGGGGGCCUGUCAACCAUAUCCACGAGUUCAGGAGCUUCAAUAUCUGGUUCUAGCAGUGUUGCCUCGUCGUCAUUCUCCUCUUCGAGUACGUCUUUCAAUCCCUCUACUACAACGAGUCCCACGGUGCCAACCACAACAAUCCCGUCUCCGACCUCAAACCCGUUCGUGAUCACUGUCAGUGGUAUCGGCAAUAAACUGAGAGCUCGUGCCAUGGACUAUGUGACGUUCAACGGUGGCAAUGCUUAUAUCUCUCCUGACGAAGACGUUGCUACUAUUUUUGUUCUCACUGUGAAUGGCCACUUGAAAACUGGGAAUGGCGAUGUUGGCACCACCGGAAAUACAGGCACAUUGCCUCUCGUCCAGUUUUUCGACUCGACUCAGCCGAGUGAUUAUAGAUGGUCUUUCAACGGGACAAGAUUGAUGUUUGGGGAUACGACAUUCUCGGCGACUCCUAAUGGGCGGCUGUAUGUGGUUUUCCCUGGGAGUCAGCCGCUUGAGGGAGCUAUACCAAUUACCAUGGCCGCCGACUUCGUUGAUGUUUCGACAUCGAGCUCAAGUCUGGCCAGUUCGACAAGCCCAAGCACUACAAGCAUAACCGAGCAACAAACGAGCGAGACUAAGCAACAGACUGCCGGAAGCACCUUUACGACCAAUAUAGUCAGCUCGUCGCUCACCAGCACGGAGUCAAACCCGUCCUCUGGCACCACUACGACGACGACGACGACGACGACGACGACGGAAACACCUGCAAGUUCGUCACAAUCCACACAAUUGACAUCCACCAGCAUGAGUACCUCCUCGUCAUCGCCAACGCAAUCAGUCUCUGCGACUCUAACGACUCAGUCUUCGGCACAACCCACAAGCUCGCCACUGUCCUCAGCAGCGCAGCCACCGUCCUCAUCCUCUCAUGUAUCGUCUCUCUCAGCCACGACAAGUAGUGAAGCAGCUUCUACUGUCUUAACUUCGUCGCCUUCAAGCCACGCAACAAAUACUCCAAGCAGCCUGGCGACAGCCUCAGCCUCAUCGAGCACAACGAGCGUAACUGUUGAGGGAGGGGCGUCAAUGUCCAGCUCAACGUCAAGGCUUUCAUCCUUAGCGACGACAAUCUUAUCGAGCGCACCGCCAACAGACUCAAGCAGUGCAUCUACUAGUCUCUCUCCAAGUUCAUCGUCUAGUACAACGAAGUCAACAACCACGGUAGCUAGUCAGUCCACAUCCGUAACGAACAUUUCGUCCAGGCCGGGCACUAUCAGCUCAACUACGAUCUCCACGUCUUCUUCCACCAUCACUACCACAGGCAGGACCAGCACCAGGAGCGUCUCAACGGCGAGCUCGUCUUCCAGUCCCAUAGCCACUCCGUAUCCCGCCAAACGAGGACUGACCUACCGCAAUGUCACCACGCUUCAAUUCUACCCUCCCCCAUCACCCUACAUUUCGUGGUCGUACAACUACUACUCGCUGCCCAACGCCAGCGACGACGUCGGUAUUUACCCUUCGUCCCAAUACCGCUUCAUCCCUCUCUUGUACAACGACGCCGACUCUCUCACGUCCAUCUGGGCCGCCAACGUCAACUUUUCCAUUGCCAACUACGGCACCGACGCCAUCUUCGGGUUCAACGAGCCCGACGCCAACUUCAACGGCCAGUCGGCCAACAUGCCCGUGGCGCAGUCCAUCCAGGGCUACCACGACUUCAUGCAACCGUUCGCGGGGAGGGUCAAGAUCGGCGCCCCCGCCGUGACCAACGCCGGCGGCGGGCUCACGUACCUGGCGCAGUUCCUGGGCAACGCGACGCAGCAGAACCUGACGAUCGACUUCCUCAACAUCCACUGGUACGCGUCGCCCUACAACAUCGACUACUUUGAGAGCUACCUCGCGCAAGCCUACAAUUUGUCCGUCAGUUACUCCCCCGCCGGUGCUGCCGCCCCCCUCCCCAUCUGGGUCACCGAGUUCGGCAUGGACCAGGACUUUUACGACCAGCCCACCACGGCGCAGUUCCUCAAGAACGCCACGCGCUUCAUGGACGCCCAGACCUGGGUCGAACGGUAUGCCUGGUUCGGCAACUUUCCAGGCGGCUACACCACCUUCGGCACCCCGACGACGAACAUGCUCCUCAACGUCGACGGGAGCGCCCGCAGUGUCUUGGGCGAUGUGUGGUAUUCGUAUAAUGGGACCAAUUAG